GGCAGGAGCUCCCUCGGCUGAGAUAUGGGAAGGAGCCUAAGUUGCAAGUACAGCUCAUGAUAGCCCUGGAGGUUUGAGCUAUGAUGAGGAGUUAUGGCCAGCUUACUAUGGGUUCUGUUUCCACAAUGAAUAAGACAACAACGGUCUGUCCUUUCCUGAAUGGCAACAGUGAAGAAAAUCCAGAAAACCAAACUGACACCACCUGGACUCCUCCCAACUUGCCCAGUAAAUGCACAUGGACGACAGAGACGCCCAGCUCUGAGUCACCUCAUUCUUGUAUGCCCUUGCCAGAAGAAACAAAGAUCCUGCCAAACAUUUUGAAGAAGGUUGGCCACACUCCUAUGGUUCAAAUCAACAAGAUUGGAAAGUCCUAUGGGCUCAAGUGUGAGCUCUUGGCAAAGUGUGAAUACUUCAAUGCUGGGGGCAGUGUGAAGGACCGAAUAAGCUUGAGGAUGAUAGAAGAUGCAGAAAGAGCUGGGAUUAUAAAGCCUGGAGACACGUUGAUUGAGCCAACAUCUGGAAACACAGGAAUCGGACUGGCGCUGGUGGCUGCAGUGAAAGGCUAUCGCUGCAUCAUUGUGCUGCCGGAGAAAAUGAGCUUGGAGAAGGUGGAUAUACUAAGGGCUCUUGGUGCUGAAAUUGUUAGGACUCCAGGUGCCAGGUUUGAUGCCCCUGAGUCUAAUGUCCGUGUUGCUUGGAGGCUGAAAAAGGAAAUCCCAAACUCCCACAUUCUGGACCAGUACCGAAAUGCGAGCAACCCACUGGCUCAUUAUGACACCACAGCUGAGGAGAUCCUAGAACAGUGUGAAGGCAAGGUACACAUGGUAGUGGCUGGAUCUGGCACAGGAGGCACCGUCACUGGUAUUGCCCGAAAGCUGAAGGAGAAAUGCCCAGAAUGCAAAGUCAUUGGUGUGGACCCUGAAGGCUCCAUCGUUGCCCUGCCCAGUGAGCUGAACACAACAGAGGACUCAGACAUGGAAGUGGAGGGUAUUGGCCAUGACUUUAUCCCAACUGUCUUGGAUAGAUCAGUGGUGGAUCAGUGGUACAAGUGCAAUGACAGCGACUCCUUUCUCAUGGCUCGCAGGCUGAUUAGAGAGGAAGGAUUGCUGUGUGGUGGCAGCUCAGGCAGCGCCAUGUCUGUCGCUGUGAAGGCUGCUAAGGAUCUGAAGGAGGGUCAGCGCUGUGUUGUCAUCUUGCCUGACUCUGUCAGGAACUAUAUGUCCAAGUUUUUGAAUGAUAAGUGGAUGAUAAAGAAUGGAUUUCUAACGGAUGGCCAGGAGCACAAGCCUUGGUGGUGGAAUAUCAAGGUGCAGAAGCUGAAUCUGUCAGCCCCUCUGAUUCUUCUCCCAGAAGUCAACUGUCAGAAGGCAAUUGAAAUCAUGCGGGAGAAGGGAUAUGACCAGGCACCCGUGGUUGCUGAAUCAGGUCUCAUUUUGGGAAUGGUGACUCUCAGUAACAUCCUCUCCUCUGUACUGGCUGGGAGCACUCAGUUCUCAGACUCAGUCAUCAAGGUCAUCUACGACCAAUUUGCAAAGAUUAGCUUAGAUGACAGCCUGGGGAAGCUCUCCUGCAUCCUUGAGAAUGACCAUUUUGCUAUUGUUGUACACGAGCAAAUCCAAUUCAAUGGAGAUGGCAGAUCCUUCAUGAAGCAGAUGGUAUUUGGCAUUGUCACAGCCAUGGACCUCCUCACUUUUGUUACCAGAAAGGACAAGAACCAUAAAUGCUGUGUUGCUUUACCCACAUCAGCAUCUCCAAGAUCCGUCUCCAAGAUGCAAAUCCAUACCUAACAAUUGAAGAGUUUUCCAAUAUAGUCAGUAGUUUUUCAGAAUGACUGGGUGGGUUAUAAUGUGAUAAUCAUUGGCUUCUAGGCUUAAGUGUCAUCACCAAUAACAUCAAAGGGAAUCUCUGCAACCUAUUAAAGAACUCUGUUUAAUUCAAAUAAGCAGUUACACUGAGAUGACAUUUCAUAGUUUCAUAGUAGCUAGGGUCAGGAGGGACCUGAACAGAUCAUCUAGCCUGACCCCCUGCCACAGGCAGGAAUGAAUGCUGGAGUCACAAGACCCCAGACAGGUGAUUGUCCAACCUCCUCUUGAAUUUGCCCAAGGUAGGGGCGAGGACCACUUCCCUGGGAAGUUGGUUCCAGAUUUUGGCCACCCUAACUGUAAAACAUUAACGUUAACAUUAAAACAGAGUGCAAGGUGAGGAGAAGGGUGGGUUAAUGCAUACAAGUCGUCUUGCCCGGAUGUUAUCAACAUUGGUUAAUUUCACAUUUCAAGUUUUGCCAUUCUUAUGAGUCAUGAUUUUUGGCCAGUGCUGAAGCCAGUCUUGGUGAUGGGAGAAAGUCCAGCCUUCUUGAGGACUGCAGCUCUACCUGGGGAAGAAAUCCCCUCUGAUUGGCUGCAUGGUCCACUUGGCCCCCUCCUGGGGAAGAGUAGGCUAUCAGGGCUGCUGCAUGAAGUAGGCAGAACUCUUCCCCUGCUACCCCUCACCACCUUUCAGGAGCUGACACUUUUCACAGGAUGGAGUUGAGGAGCCCCACAUCUUGGGAUCUUCUCUUCCUUGUCCUGAAGCAAUACAUGUGUGCAGGGAGAGAAGGGUCUGAACUGGCAUUUUCCAAGGGGGGCCUUGAGUCUACAAAGGUUGAGAACCAGUGGGUUAAUUUAAUACCAUAACUCUGUCACUAACUGGGGGUAAUUAAACUGUAUUUGCACUAUCAAUUUCUAGGGAAAUAUGUAAUUUCCCCACAAAAAAAUCCAAGCAAGCUAAACUUUGUCAUUCCUUUUUUUGUCAAAAAUGUCUUCAAAAAUUGUUUUUGUUUUGACAAAAAUGGGAUUUUCCACCAACAGUAUAUUUUUUUUAAAUUAUCAAUUCCUGAUGGAUAUAUCUCAAAGCACUCCUUGGUUUCACAAAAUGCAGGGAUGAGGGAGCCAUCCACCUGCGCCUUCCACCUUCUGCCAUUUUUAGAACUGAAUUUCACCCCAGGUUUUUCUUUUCUUUUCUUUUCUUUUGAUGUACUGAAGUAUUUGAGUGAGUUUGUUUGCUUCUGGUUUAUGGCUGGACCAGUCACAGCAAAGGAAAACAGUUCAAUAAAAUGCCCUCUGAAUAUUUUCCACAGGGGCUGAAACUGGAAAUGCUAGAAAUUUCAGGAGAACAGGUUCUGCAGAAAGUUUUGGCCCAGAUGUGCUGACUAAGGAAUUUGGCAAAUUCAGAAAAGCAUCCCUGUUAAAUCCAAGCUAGGAAUCUUUCAAAGGUUAAACUGUCACUAAGGAAAGAUUGGGGGGGGGGGGGGAGUGUAUCUCUAAUGCAAAUGAGGCUCUGUGCCAACCUAGGGAAGGUAUCUGGAACAGUUAUGUUGGUUUUGUGGAUGGAGAUGAAGACUCAAGGCCACACACUACUGCCCCCUGAAGUGAAAGGGACUUGCCACUGAUGUCAAAGCGGAUGACAUUGGGCCUUCUCUUAUGGCUUCAUUUGCUCAAGCUCUUUUUCAUGUUCAUUCACUGGCUGUUUCAUGAAUGGAGAGAAAGAAGUCCCAAAUGUAUCACAGUCACAAGAACCAUUCGGCAGCAAUGAGGGCUCCUGGCUGGCAGCACUGCUAAGUGAAAGACAGCUGAUCUUUUCUAUUUAUUGCUUGUCCAGAGCAGCCCCCAGGUCCUGUUGGCAGGGAAUUCUGGCAGCUUUAUCCUGCAAGAAAUUGUCACUUUUUCUAUAGAGAAUGCAAAUCAUUGUGUUAUACAUGAUUGUGUCUGACACUGUGCAUUGGAAUAACAGGCAAUAAAAUAUUUAAAGUGGUAA